CCGUUUUUACGGUGACACCAAACGUCAUUGAUUUGGAGCUGUGAUAUAUCAUCGACUGGCCUGGAGCUCGGGCGGUUGCAAUGGCGGGGGGAGAAACAGCAGGCGUCGACCUCAGCAGGAAGUUUGUGUCUGAAACGGAGCUUGAUGAGAGGAGAAAGAAGAGACAGGAGGAAUGGGAGAAAGUGAGGAAACCUGACGAUCCUGAGGAGGCCCCAGAGGAAGAGUACGACCCACGUUCCCUGUUUGAGCGACUGCAGGAGCAGAAAGACAAGAAACAAGAGGAAUAUGAGGAACAAUUUAAAUUCAGGAACAUGGUGAGGGGAUUGGACGAAGAUGAGACCAGUUUCUUGGACGAGGUCUCCCGGCAACAGAGUCUGGUUGAGAAGCAACGCAGGGAUGAGGAGAAGCAGGAGUUGUUGGAAUAUAGAAGCGCUCUAGUGAAGCAAGCAUCUGAAAAAGAAAGUCGUCGAGAGCCUGAAAAGAAGGCGGCACCGAAGCAUGCAGGAGCGGAGCAAAGGACCAGCCACCUGUCGCAGGCCCAUUUAUUAGCUGGAGCUGUCAAGAGACGCAGUUCGUCACAGUCUUCGGACAGCAGUAAGAAACAGAAGGUGGAAAUCACGACAGCAGCAGCAGCAGCAGCAGCGACAGGAAACGGAGACAGACACACAGAGCAGGAGGGCGGAGCAGGAGGAGGGUCAGGGGGAGCUGAAGAUCGACAAACAGUCCCCGGCCUGACAUCCAAGACGCCCUCGGCCCCCCUGAGCUCCAGUCAGGGUGUGUUACACCUUCCGUCAGCAGCCGUGUGCGUCGGAGUUUUACCGGGACUCUGGGUUUAUUCCGGCAGCAGCGACUCUGACAGCAGCUCGGACAGCGAAGUUUAAGCCGAGCAACCAAUCCCGCACUGCCUACCCCGACGACAUCCUGCCCCCCCUACACUCCCCUCCCAACCCAAGCCACAGCGACUGCAAGCUGUGCUAUUGGCUGAGGGAACAGUGAUUGACAGCUGUGGAGCAAGGAAGAGACUGCUUUAGACUGUCACAUGACUCACAUCUUGUUAGCUAUCAGCAGAGGAGCGAGAGCGGGACACGCUCGCCUCCCUCUGGGUUAAAUGCCGAGUCUGACUGGUUUGAAAAGUAAUGUUUUAAUUUGUGUGAUGUAAAGUGUUUUUUCUCAUCUGUAGUCAAAUCAUUCUGGAAAGAUGCUGGACUGUUUGCUGCUGUCUCGGGCGCUGGAGCGUUGAUUUGUUGGUCAAAGUCUGAGCAGAAUGAAAUAAAGAGCGUGCCCUUGUUC